CAUCCGCUUGUGUUUGUUUUCCUCUCUGUGCUUUGCAGUCCAACUCAAAAAUGAGCGACUUUCUGCAUAUUCUGCUUCAUGUAAUCGGUCUGCUUUAUUUUGCCCCUCAUGCAAAGACCACUGAACCUAUUUAUGACAUCACAGACCCAGCGUUUAUCGAUGAGUGCGUCAAAGAACACAACAGACACCGAGCCAAUGUGAAGCCUUCUGCCAGCAACAUGAGAUACAUGACAUUGGAUGAGGGUUUGGCGAUAAGCGCACAGGCAUGGGCGAGUAACUGCGUCCAUAAGCAUAACCCUUAUCUUCAGCAGCCGGACAGAAUGCAUCCCAUUUUUACACUUGUGGGAGAAAACAUCUGGGCCCGUACCCAACAAAUAAACUUCAAAGUGCAGUCUGCUAUACAGUUAUGGGUGGAUGAAGACCAUUAUUAUAACUAUGAUAGCAAUGAGUGCUCCAAAGUAUGCGGCCACUAUACACAGGUUGUCUGGGCGGACACUUACAAAGUUGGUUGUGCUGCACAAGCAUGUCAGAAUGGUGUUGCUGAAACAACUUUUUCAACAGUUCCUGGAAUCGUAUUUGUGUGCAACUACGCAACAGCAGGAAACUAUGCUGGUGUGUCUCCAUACAAAAAGGGCAAACCGUGCAGUGGUUGCGGCACAGAGACGUGUGAAAAUAACCUCUGCCGAAACUCAACACGGGAUACCCAGAAGAGAAACCCGACACGGGAUAUCCUGAAGAAAAACGCAACACCGGAAAUCCUGAAGAAAAACUCAACACCGGAUACCCAGAAGAGUAACGGGGACCCGGAGCUCUCCUUAUGUGAUUCAUUCUGUACAUCUCUUCUGGUUAUCAGACCUGUGUCCAUUAUGUUCAUAUUCAUCAGUGUUUUCUGCCUGCAGCAGUAUUAUCCACGUCUAUUUAUAUAUGAGUAAAACCAGCAGCUUCACCAAAUCAACCUUUUAGUUUGCUUGUACAUUAUUGCAAAAAAAACUUUCCUUUUAAAUAGUACAAAAUAUAAUGUGAAACAAUCCAAAACUAUUUACAGAUAUCAAAGUCAACAGUCGGAUUGAGUGAAAAAAGAAAUGCAGGGUAGCAUUUUGGUAUCUGUUGUUAUAUUCUGCACAUGUUGACAAGUGUAAUGGGGACAUAAUGAUAUCAAUUUCAGACUGUGUACAGCACACAACAAUAUACAUUUUUUUUAUGGCUGGUUUCUUUUUCGGGGGGAAUAAAAGCUUUUUGGUGCACCUCUUGCCUCUUUGAUAAAGCUUCAGCCUGUUUCACCUUUAGACAAAAAAAAUGAAAACAUAAAUAAAUUAAUAAUAAUAGCAAUGAGUGGAUCAGCUGAGUGAAUCUGUUAAGUGAGAAUUAGUUAUUAGUGAAUCAGGGCCUGUUUACACUGAAAACUUAAAUAUAUUUUAUCCACAAACACACACUCAAGCUUUUCGUCGCUGUCCAAUGAAAACCAUGUAUGUCCAUUUUGCCGAUUUUGAGAUUUUUGCUGAAUUGAAUGUCCAGGUUAAUUUCCGUAUGCAGUAUGCUUCACACAUCUAAAUGGCCAAUGAAAACUUGUGAAAUCAUGUCAUCUGAUUUUCACGUAUAUCCAUUUGGUGUCAAUCACGCCGUGUAUCUCUCGCCCUGUGGAAGCAUUUCACCAGUCUCGUGAAGUUUCAUCGAAGCUCAGCACUGGAUAGCCGAAUAAACAUAGCCUGGUGAGACAAUGACUUUCCUUCAUUGAGGUAAACGUUUCCCCCCUGAUGCCAGACGUACGUCUAGGAGUGACAAAAUUACGGUAGAACUGUACAAAGUGCACACUUGUACUUUACAUUCAGAUUGAGGAGGUGGGAAUGGCAUGUACUCCUUUUUGGCGUCUUCUUCUUAGGCUGUUUGCGUUUGGAGAAACUCUUUUAUGUCUAGCCUGACUACGUCAGACUUUGUACUUUACCUAGCUUCUGUACUAAGUCUGAGAUAUCUACAAUUUUAACCGUUUUCCUCCGGCCUCCAAACCGCCGGCCCAAUCACUGAACAGAGGGCGGGCUGAGAGCCAUGACGUAGACGCUAAGCACCAAAUGUAAGGUUGUAGUUUAGAAAGCUAUUCGCUCUGUUGUGGAGAAAUCGUUGAGGGGAAUUUCAUUGUUCACAGUUAAUGGUGGAGUGGGCAAUCAUUCUUUGGUGACGUUCCUGAUUAAACGGAAAAUAAGGUAGGAAGAUUUUGAGAGGAAUGAGGGGGGUUCCUACACUUAGUCGUAAGUGGAAAGAUACCUUAAGAAUCGUGUUCAACUAGCUCUGGCACGAUUCACUUCACAUAAUCUGCAAAAGUCGUUUACAGCCGUAAAGACGUAUAGCUCCGGGUGACUGCUCACAGACAAUAUCAAGCGUUCCUUCAGGUUGAAUGAGUGACCAGCAAGCAGGCCUCUGAUUGGUUAACGCGGCGCGAAAUUCCGUGAAAGUUAACAUUUUUCAACUCGGGCGUCAGCCGGCAAUUCGCGUCAAACACUACGGGGCGGUUUCCCAGACAGGGAUUAGCCUAGUCCUAGACUAAAACAUUUUUAAGAGCUGUCCAAACUGAAAACAACUUGCACUGACAUAUCUUAAAGUACAUCAGGGCCCUUUGUUUUGCCUCAAAAUGCACACAAGUAAUGUUUUUAGUACGGCAUAUUUAUUAAAACUAGUUAUAUUUCCUAAUUAAACUAAGGCCUAGUCCUGGAUUAAGCUAAUCCCUGUCCGGGAAACCGCCCCUAGAGGUAAUCACAGCACCACUGUGUCUUUUGCUGGAAGUGUUGGCAUUUUAUAAUGCUUUGAUACAAUGAGAACCGUUUAAUAUAACCAUUAGUGGGAUUUGAACCAAGACUUUGAGGAAUGAAAAGCAAUUGUUCAACCACUGAGCUAUUGAAUUGGAACAGUUUAGCUUUGAAUUGCUUUAUAUGAUUUGAAACAUAAGCACAACACAUUUUAAACUUUGAGACAUGAAAGAGUUUAACACUCAGUGUGGAUUUUCUCUGUGGGAUUUGAACCAGGACUUUAAGAUAUGAAAAAAAAAACACUUAAACACUAUAAGCUAUUGAAUAUGCAUAGGAUGGUUUAAUAGGAUGAAUUUGGUUUCUUUGCUUGUGAUUUUAGUAAUAUUAAAUUGUGGGAUUUGAAAGACAGUUGUUCAACCUAUUGAUCUUUCUUCAGUUCUUUGUUUUAUAUGUAAGAAAAACCUGUAACAGUCGGAUUUGAACCAAGGCUUGAGGUAUAAAAGACAACUGAUAUUCAACCACUGAACUAUUAACUUGUGAGGGUUUGAUGUGAAUUUUCCACAACUUUGGGGCAAAACAAAAAAGUGAAAGUCUUGCAUUAUUAAACUACUUGACACUUGCUCCUGUACUUAAAUCAACUGGAUUUCAAUCAAGACUGUAUAAUGAAGACAAGAGUUUAACUCCAGCGUUAUCAAAUUCUGAACAUCUUAUCAAAAGAUAAACAUUGGGUUCCUCAUUGUAAUGCACAAUAAUCGCCACAAGAGGGCCCAACAAUAGUAAAGAAUGGGAUUUCAGCCAAGAUGAGCAAGUGCCAGAAACCCUUGGGCUAUUAAAUUUGCAGUGGUGUACAGCUGUAAGUAUUUAUUUUUAUAUCGUUAAGGAUACUUCCAACCUCUCAGAUCUGAAUCAAGACUUUCAAGAACAGAAGUUUAACACAAUAAGGCAUGGGUGCCCAAACUUGGUCCCAGAGAGCCGGUUUAGGUGUGUUUGAUUAGGGACACCGGCCCUCUGGGACCGAGCUUGGGCACCCCUGACUUAAGGUACUGAAUUUGCAGUGUUGACAAAUAUAAUAAAAACAAAUCACCAUUGUAGGCACCAGCAAGAGUCCAUUCAAGACACUACAAGAUUUUAAUGUUUUUAUCAGGGGCUUGAACCUAGGUUUUGAUCAUUUUUUGUCAAGCACCCACCGCACUGAGAUACCAGCACCUUAAAUUGAGCUUUAUUGUCAUUCUGCUACAUUAGUGAACAUAAAUGUCAUGUCUUUGUAGAACCACGGUGCUACAUAAAUAAACAUAAAUGUUUUGGUCUUUCUGAUUUAUUUCAUGUCUAUUUAGAUUUGUUGGCUAUUGUUUUUCAUUGUGUAUUCUGUAAACAAUAUAUAUUGUUUAUCCAUGUAUCAAAUAUUUACUUAGUUUUAUCAAUAUCAAGAUUUUGUAUGAAGUUAUAAGUCUUUGAU